AUGUACGUCAAAAUUAAUAAAAAAAAACGUGUGGGUGCCGGCGCUCCGGUGUACCUGGCCGCAGUUAUGGAGUACCUCGCCACUGAAAUUCUAGAGUUGGCCGGUAACGCUGCUCGGGAUAAUAAGAAGACCAGGAUCAUACCGAGGCAUUUUCAGCUUGCCAUCCGCAACGAUGAAGACUUGAACAAGCCGCUCUCCGGUGUGACGGUCGCUCAGGGCGGUGUACUAUCCAACAUUCAGGCGGUCCUUCUGCCCAAGAAGACCGAGAAGAUGGCUUAA